GGAGGUUGCUGGCGUGGUGGGGAAACCGGGUCCGCGGCCAGCAGAGGCAUCCGGAAUGGCCACUCUGAUCUUUGUUGAUAAAGAGAACGGCGAGCCUGGCACCCGUGUGGCUCCCAAGGAUGGCCUGAAGCUCGCGUCCGGGUCUUUAGGCAAAGUCUUAGAAGGGAGAUCUCAGAUUUCGACACCCCAUGUUGGUAAGGUCUUUGAUGCCCCACCUGCCCUACCCAAAGCGGCCAGAAAGGUUUUGGGGACUGUCAACAGGGCUACAGAAAAGUCCGGAAAGACCAGUGGAUCCCUCAAACAUAAGCAGCCGACCUUCUCAGCCAAGAAGAUAACUGAGAAGACUGGCAAAGCAAAAAACUUUGUUCCUGCCUUGGAUGAAGCCUAUCCAGAAAUAGAACAAUUCUUUCCCUUCAAUCCUCUAGACUUCGAGAGAUUUGACCUCCCUGAAGAGCACCAGAUUGCGAACCUCUCCUUGAAUGGAGUUCCUCUCAUGAUGCUGGACGAGGAGCGGGAACUGGGGAAACUCUUAGACCUUGGACCCCCCCUCACCUAUGAAGAUGCCCUCUCUGAUGUGGGAGUCCACUCUCUUGCAGUCUCCUUUAAGCGGUCUGCCAGUCCUGGAUGUUGAAUUGCCACCUCCGUGCUAUGACUUCAACUUGCUAUGACUCCUUGCUUUAAACUUCGUAGUACU